GUCUGCGUAUCCCUAGCCGCGCCGUCCCGCCGGCCGGUGCGUCCCGCAGGGCCACGCCGGCCCCAUGGCGUUCUCGCUGGAAGAAGAAGCGGGAAGAGUAAAAGACUACUGGGACAACCAGGAGGCUCCUGCGCUCUCCACGUGUAGCAAUGCCAAUAUCUUUCGAAGGAUAAACGCCAUAUUGGAUAAUUCUCUGGAUUUCAGUAGAGUCUGCACUACACCCAUAAAUCAAGGAAUUCAUGAUCAUUUGCCAGCAGACUUCCAGGACUCAGAAGAAACAGUUACAAGCAGGAUGCUUUUCCCCACCUCUGCGCAAGAUUCUUCCCGUGGCCUCCCAGAUGCAAAUGACUUGUGCCUUGGCCUGCAGUCCCUCAGUCUCACAGGCUGGGACCGACCCUGGAGCACCCAGGACUCUGAUUCCACAGCCCAGAGCAGCACACACUCGGUACUGAGCAUGCUCCACAACCCUCUGGGCAAUGUCUUGGGGAAACCGCCCUUGAGCUUCCUGCCUCUGGACCCCCUUGGAUCUGACUUGGUGGACAAGUUUCCAGCACCCUCAGUUAGAGGAUCCCGCCUGGACACCCGACCCAUCCUGGACUCCCGUUCUAGCAGUCCCUCUGACUCAGACACCAGUGGCUUCAGCUCUGGAUCAGAUCAUCUCUCGGAUUUGAUUUCAAGCCUUCGCAUUUCCCCUCCUCUGCCCUUCCUGUCUCUGACAGGCAGUGGUCCCAGAGACCCUUUAAAGAUGGGGGUUGGGCCCCGGAUGGACCAAGAGCAAGCUGCUCUUGCUGCAGUCACUCCCUCCCUAACCAGUGCAUCAAAGAGAUGGCCAGGAGCUUCUGUGUGGCCAUCCUGGGACCUCCUCGAAGCUCCCAAAGACCCCUUCAGCAUAGAGAGAGAGGCCAGGCUGCACCGGCAAGCUGCAGCUGUGAAUGAAGCCACCUGUACCUGGAGUGGCCAGCUUCCUCCCCGGAACUACAAGAACCCCAUCUAUUCUUGCAAGGUGUUCCUAGGAGGUGUUCCUUGGGAUAUUACAGAAGCUGGCUUGGUUAACACUUUCCGUGUGUUUGGCUCUUUGAGUGUGGAGUGGCCUGGUAAGGAUGGCAAGCACCCCCGGUGUCCUCCCAAAGGUAAUAUGCCUAAAGGGUAUGUGUAUCUGGUCUUCGAACUAGAGAAGUCUGUCCGGGCCUUGCUUCAGGCUUGCUCUCAUGACCCACUGAGCCCAGAUGGCCUGAGUGAAUAUUAUUUCAAGAUGUCGAGCCGAAGGAUGCGCUGCAAGGAGGUGCAAGUGAUCCCCUGGGUCUUGGCCGACAGCAACUUUGUCCGGAGCCCAUCUCAGAGACUUGACCCCAGUAGGACGGUGUUUGUGGGUGCUCUGCACGGCAUGCUCAGUGCCGAGGCCCUGGCAGCCAUUUUGAACGACUUAUUUGGUGGAGUGCUGUAUGCUGGGAUUGACACAGAUAAGCACAAAUAUCCCAUUGGAUCUGGUCGCGUGACUUUCAAUAACCAACGUAGUUACCUGAAAGCAGUCAGCGCUGCUUUUGUGGAGAUCAAAACCACCAAGUUCACCAAGAAGGUUCAGAUUGACCCCUACCUAGAAGAUUCUCUGUGUCAUAUCUGCAGUUCUCAGCCUGGUCCUUUCUUCUGUCGAGAUCAGGUAUGCUUCAAGUACUUCUGCCGGAGCUGCUGGCACUGGCGGCACAGCAUGGAAGGCCUGUGCCACCACAGCCCCUUGAUGCGGAACCAGAAGAACCGAGAUUCCAGCUAGAGGAGCUGGCCUUGCCUGGUGGCGCCUAAGGCUGGCAGGUCAGGCAGCAGCCUGCACCACCCUGCUGCUGGCAACCAGGGAGCUGGCUUCCCGAGGACAAGGGAAAAUCGUAGUCACCUUUGCACUUGCUGAAUCUGUCUUUGUUUCUGCACUAAUUAAUGCACAAUGAGUUUUGUCGGGUUUUGUUUUCGGGGGUGUGCCAGGGCAAGGACCCUCUGGCUCACCCUCCAAGCGACUCUGUAGUUUUCCCAGAUUUUAGUUCCUCAUUUUGCCGAUGAAAAGCAAAAAAGAACUACGUGUCCAGGAGGUAUUGACACGAUGCCUACAUCGAGGUUUAUUUAUUAAAAGCGCUUUUUUACAUUCCUUGCAAUACUGAUGGUGAUGAUGUGCAGGUCUCAUUGGUUUCAUUCUUGCAGUUGCCAUACAGUGCCUUUCCAUUUAUUUAACCCCCACCUGAACGGCAUAAACUGAGUGUUCAGCUGGUGUUUUUUACUGUAAACAACAAGGAGACUUUGCUCUUCAUUUAAACCAAAAUCAUAUUUCAUAUUUUACGCUCGAGGGUUUUUACCGGUUCCUUUUUACACUCCUUAAAACAGUUUUUAAGUCGUUUGGAACAAGAGAUUUUUUUUCUUUCCUGACAGCUUUUAACAUUAUAGCAAAUUUGUGUCUGGGGGACUGCUGGUCACUGUUUCUCACAGUUGCGAAUCAAGGCAUUUGCAACCAAGAAAAAAAAUUUUUUUUGAAUUUGAAACUGGACCGGAUAAACGGUGUUUGAGCGGCUGCUGUAUAUAGUUUUAAAUGGUUUAUUGCACCUUCUUAAGUUGCACUUAUGUGGGGGGGAGGGUUGAUAGAAGUUUUUAAUCACAAAGUCACAGGACUUUUUUUCUUUUGUAACAGAGCUAAUAAAAAGGGCUGCUUUUUUGGUGGGGGCAGAUGAAGGCUCACAGGAGCCCUUUCUCUUAGAGGGGACAAGUACCCUUCCCUUAUGUCUUUCAUUUGAGAAAUGUAUGAAGCAACAGUUGCGGUCGACUGAAAUGCUACUGAAAUUUGAAAACUUGACUUUUUCUUUCUUGCUUUCUUUUUAUUUUAAAAACUACUUGCCCCUCUUUGGGAAGCUGUGUGCCAAAGAACCAGUGUCAUAACCCCUCCCCCCCUCCUGCUGAGCUGACGUUGCAUUGUUGCAUAUCCCAGCUACUCUGUGGGUUUUGUGAAGCUGUGUGUGAAGUCUCUACCUCAUUGUAGUAUAUGCAGGCAAGACUGCACUCUCCUACAGAUGUGUGGAGUAAGCUGUGGUGUAGUUUUUUUUUGGCACAUAAUAAACACGUUGCAGCAGAAAUCUGGUUUUGUCUCUGUGUCAGAGGUGUGGGAGCAAGAGGGCAGUGGGCUAAUAAGAUUGCAGAGUAAAAAACUCAUGUUGCCUUGGAUUUUCUGUGAUGGGAUUCCAGCCCAGGUGGAUGGUGAGGCAAUGUGGGAGACUUGCCCCUGUAAGUAUUUCUUGGUCACUUCUGUGGUCAAAUGUACCUUGAAGAUGCCUCUCCAGCGGGUGGGAACCUCUAGUCCAAGUGUGGAAAGUCCUUACACCUAAGCUGCUUGGGGCUUCUCUUCUCGUAGCCCCAGACCAAGCUUGGAGAAACUUUGAGGCACAGCUGCUCAGUUGUCUGCAUGGCCCACUUGUUCUUGGCUUCUCCUCUAAGCCUCGGGCCUGUUUCUUCUUCUUGCAAGGCUUCCUGUCCUCUUAGACUCACCUAUGCUGACUCAGUCCCUCUCUGAGAGGGAGUAAUUUACUUUCCACUGUUCUUCAGAGAGCCCUAUUAUCUGGACUUCUUCUCACAGGCUCCCAGGAUUUGUGAGAGGGUCUGCUGAUGAUCUUUUCAGGUAGGUUAUGCCUGGGUCCAGCUGCUGGACUGAUCUUUUGGAAGAUUCCAUUUUAGUCUGAGGCAGAGGGAACCUUGCAUUACUGAAGCUCCCCUUCUGUGAGAGGUGCAAGAACUCAUUAUCGUGGGGGAUGGGGAAGCCUCAUCUCGCACUUGAGGCCUGGCUGGUAGCAGCUUGAUUUGAAGUUUGCUAGUCAAGUGAGCUCCUGCAACUUGCUCAGAGCUGGACUCUCCCUUGUGGUCUCCCCUUAUUCUCCUUUUCUGCAGACAGGCAGGUCUUCUCCCUUGGACUCUCUUGUCCAGGGGCUACUUUCAGGGCGAGGACUUCUAGUCUUUCAGCCUUUCAUUCCCAGUCAGUUCAAAGAGUCUGUGACUGGAUUGGCCAAGGUGACCAGGAGAUGAGUUGAGGGAUGAGGCUCAGCCUUGUGCCCCUUAACUCAUCCCACCAGACCAGCCAGCCUUUCCUUAAGUCACAUGGAGCCUAGGACUUGGCUUCAGCAGAAUUGGGGCAAGCAGAGUUGGAGGGAUGGGACAGGGCACUCCCUAGGCUAGUGAGGCCACCAGGGAUACCUGUGCUAGUGGCUUCAGAAGAGCCUGAUUUAGGAAUGGGGAUGGGAAGAACAGCCUGAAGACGGCGAUGGUGAAGGCGCCCUCAGUUGUUGGGAGCACUAGAGGUGGACUUCACUUCAAUAUUUCAGAGCUUGCUCUGUGCUGGGCACUGUUCAAGGCACUGGGGAUUAGCUAAGUAAAAACGGCCCUUCCUCCCCAGUUGAGAGAACAAAUCACUG